UUACAUUUUUUCUCUCUCUCUCUCUCUCUCUUCCAUCCUUUUGCUUUACAGAUUUUUCCCAAAAAAAAUUUCUGCCAACCCAAAUCCAAUUUUCUUAAACAACACCGAGCCUCUCAGUCUCUCUCAGAACUCAUUGAUUAAGGAAAAAAAAAUACUAUAUAAAUAAAACAUUAAUACUGUCGAAGAAGAACGAAAGGCCAAAAGUGAAUGCCCCGCUUUUAGAUUUACUUGCUUCAAAAUGAGAAUUCACGGAAUACCCAUCUCGAAAUUUUCAUCUGGUAAGCGAAUCUCAGACUUUUUCUAUUGAUUUUCCCAUCUGGGUGUCUCAAAUUGUACUUUGUUUUCUGUUUAAAAAUUGAUGAAUUGUGAUGAAUUCGGUAAAAGAUGGGUUUUUCCCGGACGAAGUUAUUUUUCAAAUCCUUGCAAGACUGCCUGUGAAGUCUCUAUUCAGAACCAAAACUGUGUGUAAACUUUGGUACAGAUUGUCCUCUGACAAGUACUUUAUUCAGCUCUAUAAUGAAGUGUCUGUUAAGAACCCAAUGGUGUUGGUUGAGGUAUCAGAAUCGAAAUCUAGUUUGAUCUGUGUCGAUAAUUUGAGGGGUGUGUCUGAAAUUUCCUUAGAUUUCUUGAAUGAUAGGGUUAAGAUUAGAGCUUCUUGUAAUGGAUUGUUGUGUUGCUCUAGCAUCCCUGAUAAGGGUGUGUACUAUGUAUGCAAUCCUAUGACUAGGGAGUUUAGGUUGCUUCCAAAGAGUAGAGAGAGGCCUGUGACAAGGUUUUACCCUGAUGGUGAGGCCUCACUGGUUGGUUUGGCGUGCAAUUUGUGGACUCAGAAGUUUAAUGUUGUGUUAGCGGGUUAUCAUCGAUCUUUUGGUCAUAGGUCGGAUGGAACUUUUAUAUGUUUUGUGUUUGAUUCAGAGUCGAAUAAAUGGAGAAAGUUUAUGUCUUUUCAAGAUUAUCAUUUUACGCAUAUGAAUCGGAAUCAGGUUGUAUUUGUCAAUGGCUCAUUGCAUUGGUUGACGGGUAGUUCAUGUAUUCUUGCGCUUGAUUUGGAUUGUGACAUAUGGAGGAAGAUGUCAUUGCCUGACAAAUCGGGCUAUGGUUCUGGGAAUAGGAUUUAUAUGUUGGAAUUGGAUAGUUGCUUGUCCUUGAUUGAGAUAUCAGAUUCGUGGAUGAAUAUAUGGGUUUUGAAAGACUAUGUGAGGGAAGAAUGGGAUUUGGCUGAUAGGGUGAGUCUUAGAUGUAUAAGAGGACUUGUGCCGGGCAUUUUCCCAAUAAGUCAGACAAGUGAAUAUGUUUUUCUAGCAACUCAUAAGCAGGUAUUGGUGUAUCAGCGAAAGAAUCGAGUGUGGAAAGAAAUGUACUCUGUGAAGAAUGGCUGUACACUCCCAUUGUGGUUCUCGGCACAUGCAUUUAGGAGCACAAUAUUAUCUUGUCAUUAAGAUGUGGACUCCAUCUGCCUAGCUACUGUACAUAAAAUUCUUAUUGCAAGCAAUGCUGCUCGAUUGACUGGUUGUAUUUGUCAAAAAUUAGAUUUUUUUUUUUUACUUACGUUGUAUAAACUUUUCAGUUUAAGUUGUGGCCUCUGGCUGGGUUCUUGUCCCUCUUGUUGUGAAAAAUAAUGGGGCUAGUUUUUUUAUUGGAUUCAUAAAUUGACUUUUCUUUA